AUGCCACUGGUUGCCAAAUCUGUGGGGGCCGGCUCUGCGGGAGCCGUGGUGGCGAACCGGCUGACGGAGAACCCGGCGCACAAGGUGCUGCUGCUGGAGGCGGGCGGCGACGAGACCGAAGUAUCGGACGUGCCCGCGCUCGCUGGCUACCUGCAGCUCAGCAAGCUGGACUGGCAGUACAAGACGGAGCCGCAGCCCAGCGCCUGCCUCGCCUACAUCGGACACCGCUGCAACUGGCCACGCGGCAAGGUGAUGGGAGGCUCGUCAGUGCUGAACUACAUGCUGUACGUGAGGGGGAACCGCAAGGACUACGAACAGUGGUACAACAACGGCAACUACGGCUGGGACUUCGAGACCGUCCUGCACUACUUCAAGAAGUCGGAGGACAAUAGGAACCCAUACCUCGCCAGAAAUAAGCGCUUCCACUCCACGGGCGGCUACCUGACCGUGCAGGAAGCACCCUGGCGAACGCCGCUCGCCACCGCCUUCGUCUCGGCCGGCAUCGAGAUGGGAUACGAGAACGUGGACUUCAACGCCCAGCAGCAGACCGGCUUCAUGAUACCGCAAGGCACAAUACGAAGAGGCUCCAGAUGUAGCACGUCUAAGGCAUUUAUCCGACCGGUGCGACUCCGGAAAAACCUCCACACGGCAAUGCAUUGUCACGUGACAAAGGUCCUGAUCGACCCGGACACGAAACGGGCCUACGGCGUGGAGAUGGUGCGCCACAAGAAGCGCUACAUCCUGUACGCGCGCAAGGAGGUGAUCCUGUCGGCAGGCUCACUCAACUCGGCCCAGCUGCUCAUGCUCUCGGGCGUCGGACCCGCCUCGCACCUCUACGAACACGGGGUGAGAUACCAGUGAUUUCAAGAUCUCCCAGUCGGAUACAAUCUACAAGACCACAUAGGAACAGGAGGAAUAGUUUUCGUGCUAAACAAGCCCAUAUCUCUUGUUCAAAGUCGCUACGAAAACAUUCCGAGCAUCCUCAAAUAUGCAAUGUUCGGCUCAGGUCCUCUAACGGUGCUGGGCGGCGUGGAGGGCCUCGGCUUCGUGAAGAGACCAAGUAACGUGAACCAGACGGAGGACUGGCCGGACGUGGAGUUCCACUACGUCAGCGGCACGCCCGCCUCCGAUGGCGGCCGGCAGAUUCGGAAAAUCCAGGGUCUCUCGGACGAGACGUGGCAGAUGUUCAAGCCCAUCCUAUUCCGGGAUACGGUGACGAUCGUGCCCAUGCUGCUGCGGCCCGCCUCCAAGGGCGUGGUGCAGCUGCGCUCCGCCAACCCGUACGACCCGCCGCUCCUCGUACCCAACUACCUCACGGAGGAGAUUGACAUUAGGACUAUGGUGGAAGGCAUCAAGAUCGCAGUGGCGAUCGGUGAGACGCAGGCGUUCAAGCGGCUAGGGGCCAAGUUCUACAAGGUGCCGAUGCCGGGCUGCAAGCACACGCAGCUGUGGACUGACGAGUACUGGGAGUGCUUGGCGCGCUACUACACAAGCACCAUCUACCACCCGGUGGGCACGGCCAAGAUGGGGCCCUACUGGGACCCUGAGGCCGUAGUCGACCCUGAGCUCAGGGUAUACGGCAUCUCCGGGCUGCGCGUGGUGGACGCGUCCAUCAUGCCGCAGGUGGUCAACGGCAACACCAACGCCCCGACCAUCAUGAUCGGCGAGAAGGCGGCCGACCUCAUCAAGCGCUUCUGGAGCGAUCAACACUAGCAACGCGGCCCCGCUGCGGCGCACGCGCCACUGCGGCGGGACAGGGUGGCACCGCGCGCCCGGAGCGAGCGUCAGAGGGGGAGCUCGGUCUCCGCCGCGCGCGGCUCGGACACAGACCGUUGUUGCCGGUGGAGUGCGUGUCCGGCGGAGGCGGGCCUCGGGGGCUCUGCCUCGGACCACAGACGACGCCGUGGCACGCGUGUCGCAGCGGAGUUGCGGAGAUGAGGCGUCUAGCGCGCGCCCUCGCCGGCGCCAGUCAGGGGUGCUGCGAUACGGGUGUAGAUGCUAGUGACGCGACUGCGCGGCGCUGCGCCGAGGGCGGCGGCGGUGUCCUCUGAUCCCCUACCAUGACGCAGUGCGCACCGUUCUGACGUGCGCGACCUCGCAGGUGCGUCUGACUCGCCCAUCACAUGUGCCAUCCCCAGUGCUCAAAGUGAGGCCAGGCGCGCGUGGUCGCCGCCUGCUCCUCCGGCGGGGCUGGAUGCGACGGCCACGCUCAAGGGUGGAGUCCGACGAGGGACGUCUGUGUCGCGGGCGGGUGCAAGGUGACGGUGCGGCGACGAUGUACAAAUCAAAAUGGCCUGUCGCGCGGCGGUGGGCGGGCCUGGGGUGACGCCCCGCCCCGGGCCGCU